GUCCGCCAUUCAUCCUUUUCAUUUACUUUUUCGUUUUACGAUUCCUAUGAGCUCGAUUUGUCAUCGAGAUCUACGCAAUAGCAUCGCGUAAUAAUUAACCUUCAAUAAAAAAGAAACAGACAAGCUGCAUAAAAGUGUUUGGGUUUGGAAGAACCCUUGCUUGCCUAUAAGUGUAACGUAAAAAUAGUUGACGUGAUUGCGUGAGAUCGUAUCACAGUGAUGCUUCAACUCGUCUUUUACGUUAUCGUUCGCGACGUGAAUCUAAGUGCCUGAUGGUGUGGAAAUUAUGUGCGAUUAACGAUACGGUGAACUAGGACUAAGUAUGGGGGCGUUUUUAAAUAAGCCCGAGACCAAAAAAUAUAACGAGAGCGGGGAAGGAAACGGUCUUCGCUAUGGCGUGGCGUCGAUGCAGGGGUGGCGUGUGGAGAUGGAGGACGCGCAUCACGCGCAGCUCACUCUGAACGGUACACUCUCGGACUGGUCGUACUUCGCCGUGUUUGAUGGACAUGCGGGAGCUCGGGUCUCCGCACACUGUGCAGAAAAUCUUCUUGAAUGUAUUCUGCAGACGGAGGAGUUUCGGCGUGAAGACAUAGCUGAAGCAAUCCGUACUGGUUUCCUGGAUUUAGAUAAAAAAAUGAGCGAGCUUCCCGAGCUGUCCAACGGUAAAGAGAAGUCUGGUUCGACGGCCGUGUGUGCUUUCGUUUCUCCCGAACAGAUAUACAUCGCGAACUGUGGCGAUUCUCGCGCUGUACUGGCCCGCGGCGGUAUUCCGAUUUUUGCCACACGAGAUCAUAAACCUGAGUUACCAUCUGAGAAGUCUCGUAUUGUCAAAGCUGGCGGUUCAGUCAUGAUUCAACGCGUCAAUGGUAGCUUAGCUGUUUCUCGAGCGCUUGGUGAUUAUCAGUACAAGAGGCUGUCGAACCGUGGUCCGUGCGAGCAACUAGUUUCUCCAGAGCCGGAGGUAUUUCUGCAUGAGAGAUCAGAAGCAGAAGAUGAAUUCAUGGUAUUGGCGUGUGAUGGAGUUUGGGAUGUCAUGAGUAAUGAUGCACUGUGUGCAUAUGUGCAUUCUUUACUGCAGCUCACUGAUGACCUUGUGGCUAUCACCAAUCAAGUCAUUGAUACCUGCCUUUAUAAGGGAAGCAAAGACAACAUGAGUAUCGUACUGGUGGUGUUCCCGGCGGCACCCAAACCGAACCCCGAGGCGCAGAAGGCUGACAAGGAGCUGGAUGAAACGCUACGACAAAGAGUCACAGCUUUGAUCGAGAGUCGCGGCUGCGAGGAGGACUGCGAGGAGUUCUCGUGGGUCCUGAAACAGCUGAUGCAGGAGAACAUACCUGGCCUGCCGCCAGGUGGAGGUCUGGCCGCCAAACAAGCCCUUCUGGACCAGAUAUACAGGGAGUUCUAUCCGGACCACGUCGACAGUUCGGAGAGGUUCAACUGUGAGGAUCUAGCCGAUUCUAAUUAAGCGUAUCACGAAACUGAACCGUACAUCGCACAUUGGUAUGUAGACUUUAAGGACAUCACCAUAAAGUACUGUUUCGCUUAAUCAUGAAUGAAACAAUCUUAUGAAGACAACUUAUGUAUGUAAAGCGUUAGAUAAUGGCGGAUGUUUUUGUAUUGCAGUGACGAGUCAUUCGAGAAAUAAAAGAUCGAUUAAGAAUAGUCAGCUGUCUCGAACCUACUGUUGUGAUAUAAAACACAUUGCCUCAAAACGUGUAUGCUUAUUUUUUUCUUUCUCGAAACAUACAGAUGUGUGGUGUAUGAUUCACUGCAGAAUGUUAGUUGAAUACAAGAAAGAUUAGUACAAAUCGAAUGGAAUUGCAGUUACAUUGUAAUGUGGGUAAAUUUUCGCAAUGUUGGCAACACUGCCAAAAAGUACAAUGACAUUGAUAAAAUUAAUGUACGUGCAAUAUCGUUUGGCUUUUAAUUAAAUCAUCCGCUGUUGCAAUUCGUCCGUGUUGGUUGUCGUCAAUGUUGCCAGCUUUGUAAAAUAAGCUAAUCGACCAUAGAAACUUUGACCAUAGAUAUUGUAUUGUUGUCUAUGAAUGUUGUUUCGUAACGGCAAUGUCGACGUGGCCGCAAAAUAUUCCCGUACGACCGAUGUAAUGUGUGUAAAUCUUAAAUACUCUUAUCAAUGCUGUGGUGUGGCGUCAUAAUAAUAUAUAUUUUUGUCUAUUUUAAAACUUUACCUAGCCAUCCACGGCAAUCUGGCAUCCGUUACACUAUUCUGAGAAGUAUCUUGCGAAACAGACUUGGCACAAAUAACUAUGAUUUUUUUUAGUGUUAAUAAAAUCUAUAUUAAAUAAAAUAUCUAUUAUCAAGUAAUAAUUAAACCUGGCAAGUGGCGGGUUCUGUAGUCGGCAAAAAAUAAGGUUUGAAAUUGAAAGUAAAUGAUAAAUUUUAAUUAUUCAGUUCACGACUCGUUUCAUUGUAUUUUUUUAUUUAAACACAUUUUGUAGUUCUAGUUUUGUUCGUGUUUAACAUUGGCCAUUUAAUUGAUGUCAUAAUUUUAUAUUGUGUAAUAUAGAGUGAAUUUUAAGAAAGUUUUUAGCGAUUUUCUGUUUUUGUGACGUCAAAAUUCUAUAUAGUCUAUGGUUCAAGAUGGCCAGUCACCUUGUAGCGUUUAAAAUAAAUGUUUAUUCAUCUACAAAGGAGCCUAAAAUAAUGGCUUAGGAUGUUUGUCGGUUUAUAUAAAAUAUUUAUAACAGUACCCUACAAUGUUUUUUGUACAUAUUUUUCUAAACAACAGUAGUCUCUAUUCAAAAUGUCCGAACUUGUAAUUGGGCCCUGGCAUGCAGAACAUAUUUCACAAAAUAUUGAUACUUUGGUAUUAUAUUGUGUUCACAAAUAUUGCCUUUCAAAUUCAUUUGUCGAAUUUAAUAAUUCGACCACUGCUUCAUAAUAAAUACAACAAACAUCACAUUUGAGGGUAACAUUUCUGAAAAUCGAUCAAAUGAACUAAUUUGGAAUUAAUACGUACUUGUUUUAAAGUAUAUUUUAGAAUAAAACGAGUAAAAUUAUAUUUCUAGCACCUUAAGACUAGGAUUUUCCACAAAACUUGACUUGUAGGUGGAAAAUUGGUUCAAUCAUUGUUCUCCAAAACAGUAUUUCUUCCAUCAGUGCUUUUAUACAUAAAUAUACAUUUGGUAAGUAUGAACUGAAUAUUCAACACUGUAAAAAAAAUGUCGAUUCAAUCUUUUCUGUUUCGUGGGCCCUAAUUGUUUUGAGAGAUUAUAAUAUUUGGGAACUGGACAAUCUAAGAUUAAUGUUUUUUUUUUUCGAUUUGUACAUCAAUGAAAUGUAAUUUAAAAAAAAACUGCAUACACCUCUUUGGACGAAAAUGCUUCCAUAAAUUUUUUGCUUUACAUUGUUACUACGUGUUUUAUUUCUUUUUAAAUUUGCUUUUAAAAGUUUUGCUUUUGUACUUAGAAGAAAUACUAUUAGAUUUAAUAUUCUUUGUCACGUAGAAAACUGACUUACAGUGUAUGUAGGUACAGCCAUAUAAAGAUAAACAUGAAAAUACUAUGAGACUAUAAUAUAAUAUACAUACAUAAACAUUACUUGUUAUUAUAUUUUAUAAUGAACAUGAUAUUAUAAGAUAAAUAUUUUAAUUAUACAGUACAAAAAAAAUAUAUAUUAUGUAAUGUUAGUUCAAAUUUUUCUUUAUUUAAAAAUUGUAUAAUAUGGCUGGAACCGUUUAAAAAGGGACUCUGUUACCAAAUCGAAUUGUAUCAAAUAAAAAUUAACAAAACCUGUAGUUUCCUUCCUGUAAAUAAAGAAUUAAAAAAAAA